GUGAGGAUGACAUUUAUUUUAUUUUGCCCGACUUUUCAUCCGCUAGCCUCUAAUACCUUAACCAACCCUCCAGACGCCUAAGUCCUCUAAAUUAUGUCAAGAAAUGGGGACAAGAAGCCGGUAGGCUUCGCUACACAUAUCACUGCUGGAGGGAUCGCUGGCGCGAUGGAGGCGAUCUGCUGCCAACCGCUCGACACCAUAAAGGUGCGGAUGCAACUCUCCAAAUCCGGGAUGGCCCCUGGGACAAAGCCCCGAGGAUUUUUAGCGACAGGUCUUAUGAUUGUUAAACGCGAGACGCCAUUGGCAUUAUACAAGGGCCUCGGCGCUGUCCUAUCCGGAAUAGUACCAAAGAUGGCCAUUCGAUUUGCCAGUUUUGAGACUUACAAGGAAUGGUUAGCGGAUAAAUCAACAGGAAACACUAGGGUGGGGAAUAUCUUCAUCGCUGGGCUCGCCGCUGGGACAACUGAGGCGGUCGCGGUUGUCUGUCCAAUGGAGGUGGUGAAGAUCCGUCUGCAGGCGCAACAACACUCGCUUGCUGAUCCGCUGGAAGCUCCGAGAUAUCGUAAUGCGGGUCAUGCGGUCUAUACGAUUAUACGUGAAGAAGGAUUUUCGGCCCUUUAUAGAGGAGUCUCGCUCACGGCUUUACGACAAGCUACUAAUCAAGGCGCAAACUUUACUGCAUAUCAGGAACUUAAGAAAUUGGCACACACAUACCAGCCGGAUUUGAAGGACUUACCUUCAUACCAACACAUGAUCAUUGGACUUAUAUCAGGUGCUAUGGGACCCUUCUCAAACGCUCCGAUAGACACGAUUAAAACCCGAUUACAAAAGGCCACGUAUGAACCAGGAACCACGGCGUUUCAGCGGAUUGCAGCGAUUGCAAAGGAUAUGUGGAAACAAGAAGGCGUCCGGUCGUUCUACAAAGGGAUCACGCCGAGGGUUCUGCGAGUGGCUCCUGGGCAGGCGAUCGUGUUCGCCGUAUAUGAAAAAGUGAGAGGGAUCAUCGAGACGAUGAAAGUUUCACCGUCGCAAGAUCGGUACUCGGAGUGAUUCAAGUAGAGCCAGUACAUCUGAGGAAAUUUAUUUGCAGAUAUGAAGUGUCUUAAGGAUGUACAUUGUGUUUGGGCUAAACGAAGAGUUGGUGUGUG